GCUCCCUCGGUCUAAUGAUUCUCCAUACAAAACCAACAAGGCCUUUAACAAACAAACUCAGAAAACCUCAUCAAUAUCCUUUACUCUCCCCUAUAGUAACACUUUAAUUACACAGUAUUUAUCUCUGGUUGGACUUCGAUCGGCACGGCCAUGGCAUCACGAGCCUGUCACUGGGGUUUUCCCGGCACCUACAUGUUGUUGAAGCCCGAAGAAGUGCGUCUGUUUGAUCUCGUCCAUAUCUUAUUGUCCUCCAACUUGCAUAAAACGAAGUUCUUGGAUUCCGCUGAAGUCACUUUCAAGGAUAGCUUCCGCCAUAGAUGGCUCAUUUUCAUCUCCAUCUUGGCUCAGAAGUUUCUUCAGUUUGUGGCCAGACCCCUCGCUUCUACUGGCUCUUUCGUUGAAAUGUGGCUCAACCUCGUCCGCAACCGCAACCUCUUCAAGCUCCUACUUAACUUCCUCACAGGUAAAGUUGAGAUGCCAGAUAAGACAUCAGCGAAAUAUUUGUCGUUUGUCGGAAACUUGGACAAGCGAGUGGAGUUGGAUGACAGCAUCAAUCGGGGAGACAAAAGGUACAACGCUUCGAUUUCUAUAAUGGCUUCUAAAGCAUCCUAUGAGAACGAAGCUUACCUUAAAACUACUAUCCAAGAUCACUGGAAGAUGGAGUUCGUGGGGUCCUAUGACUACUGGAAUGAAUAUCAAGAGAAGGCCACAACUCAGGCGUUCAUCGCCUUGGACAAAAGUGAGGAAGUCGACACUUACGUGGUGGCAUUCAGAGGAACAGAACCCUUCGAUGCAGAUGCAUGGUGCUCGGAUUUCGACAUCUCGUGGUACGAGAUUCCAGGCAUUGGAAGAAUUCACGGCGGCUUUAUGAAGGCUUUAGGGCUACAGAAGAAUGGGGGUUGGCCCAAGGAAGUCGCCGUCAGAGACCAAGAAAGAGAUCAUCCUCCCGUAGCCUACUAUGCAAUCAGGGACAUUCUAAGAGACUGCUUGGCUGCAAAUAACAAAGCAAAGUUCAUAUUGACGGGUCAUAGCUUGGGUGGGGCUCUUGCAAUCCUGUUUCCAGCAAUCUUAGUGUUGCACGACGAGGCCUUGCUAUUGGAAAGGCUGGACGGGGUUUACACGUUCGGGCAGCCAAGAGUAGGAGAUGAAACCCUCGCGGGCUUCAUGGAGCAAAAGUUGGAGGAUCAUGGGAUCGCGUAUUACAGGUUUGUUUAUUGCAACGACAUUGUUCCCAGGCUGCCAUACGAUGACAAGGACCUGAUGUUCAAGCAUUUUGGGACGUGUUAUUACUACAACAGGCACUACCAAGCUAAGACAGUGAAGGAAGAGCCGAACGAGAAUUACUUCUCGCCAUUGGCGGCGAUUCCGAUGAUGGUGAACGCGCUUUUGGAACUGAUAAGGAGCUUCACAAUUGUGUACGUGAAAGGAAGUGAGUACCAAGAAGGGUUGCUUCUAAGACUUGUCAGGGUUGUAGGGUUGGUCAUUCCAGGAGUAGCAGCUCAUUGCCCCCAGGAUUAUGUUAAUGCCACUCGUCUGGGAUCAUUUCCUAAUUCUGAACACCACCAAAACACUGCAGAUCAUCAUUCAUUGUCUCAACUGCAAUCUGCAAACGUCUAAAUUAUUGCCUGACUCUUGGAGACGCACUCCCUUUAAUUUGCAGCUUUCAACUGGGAAGUUUACUCUAGCGAAUUUUCUGCAAAAACUGCUAUCUCUGAAAAAGGAAAAAUCUAAUUGUAACUUCAAGGAAACUUGUAACUUAAAUCUGAUGUUUUUGAUAUAUUGCCAUCACUUAUAAUUUUUCCCCAACACUCACGCAACAAAGAAUCAAAUAAAUAUUAAAAAUUUUUCCCUUUUGUUUU